GGCCUCAGGCGCCUUGCUUUCCGAGAGAUUUUUUACCUCUUCUCGCAAACGCAGAACAGAACCGCCUGAAUAUGUCGUCACCCUUCUUCCACGUGAACGAUUUAUUUCUCCAAUAUCUCAUCUCAUCAGGCUUCCGGUUAUGGCUGGAAAUAGUCUCGCCUUUUGAAAGGAAGAUUUCCAAUGCUCCUUCAAUUUGUAAUACCUCCCUAACAUCUUUGGAAAUCGCAAUCGUUCUCUUUGCAUUGUUAACAGGGCUCGGAUUUGGUUCCUUUUUCAAUUUCCUCGUUGCAAUUAAACAUAGUCGGCCUCAUGAGCCAUUUUAUCAUGAAAACCUCCCGUAGGAUUCUCCUUCAUUACCGGAAUUUAUCUUCUUUCGGUUUCCUACCGUCAAAGAUGCACCACGCCGCGACCAGCAAUUCGUCGAAAGUUCUUAUCAAUUUGGAUCGCUGCAGUGACUACCCCUUUCGAAUGAUUAAUUAUAACCAGAAAGCUUCUUGCUUGCAUUUUUUAAAUUCUGGCCAUUCGAGGGCAAUUUUAGGGUUCUUCAAUUUAAGUGCAUCCGAGGUUCGCGGUUUCUCAACUUCAACUAAAACCUGUGUGAGUGAAAAUAAUUUUGAGAGGAUUUAUGUCCAGGGAGGUAUAAAUGUGAAACCAUUAGUGGUGGAAAGAAUAGAUAGAGAGGAGAAUAUUUUAGAAGAUCAAGAAUCUAGGUUAAAAGUUGGUAGUGAAGAUGAGAUCAUAGAGAAGCCAGGAGGUUUAAAUGUACCUAAGGAUGUGAGUUCGAAGACUACAGUGGAGGAAACAGAUGCCGAAAAAGAGGCAUGGAAAUUAUUGCAGGAUGCAGUUGUGACAUAUUGUGGCAAUCCCGUGGGGACGGUGGCAGCGACUGACUCUGGUGACAAGCAACCAUUGAACUAUGAUCAGGUCUUUCUUCGGGACUUCAUUCCUUCUGCACUUGCUUUUUUGCUUCGGGGAGAAAAAGAGAUUGUCAAGAACUUUCUCCUUCACACCUUGCAAUUGCAGAGUUGGGAGAAAACCGUGGAUUGUUAUAGUCCUGGGCAGGGCUUGAUGCCUGCUAGUUUCAAAGUUAGAACCGUGCCUCUUGAUGAAGAGAAGUAUGAAGAAGUUUUAGAUCCUGAUUUUGGGGAAUCAGCUAUUGGUCGUGUUGCUCCUGUAGAUUCAGGGUUGUGGUGGAUCAUCUUGUUGCGGGCUUAUGGGAAACUCACUGGUGACUACAGUUUGCAAGAAAGGGUCGAUGUUCAAACAGGCUUGAAAAUGAUCCUUAACUUGUGUUUGACUGAUGGUUUUGAUAUGUUUCCUUCUCUGUUAGUCACAGAUGGUUCUUGCAUGAUAGACAGGAGAAUGGGCAUUCAUGGCCACCCGCUUGAGAUUCAAGCACUAUUCUACUCGGCACUUCGCUGCUCCCGUGAGAUGCUUGCCAUAGAUGAUGGAUCCAAGAAUUUGGUGAGGGCUAUUAACAAUAGACUAAGUGCCCUGUCAUUCCACAUUAGAGAAUACUAUUGGGUGGAUAUGAAAAAGGUGAAUGAGAUAUACAGGUAUAAAACAGAAGAAUACUCCAUGGAUGCCAUUAACAAGUUCAAUAUAUAUCCAGAUCAAAUUCCUUCAUGGCUAAUGGAUUGGAUUCCAGAGGCAGGCGGGUAUUUGAUUGGCAACCUGCAGCCAGCUCACAUGGAUUUCAGGUUUUUUAUGCUUGGCAAUCUAUGGUCUAUUGUGUCUUCUUUGGGUACCCCAAAACAAAAUGAGUCUAUUUUAAAUCUGAUAGAAAUGAAAUGGGAUGAUCUUGUGGGGCAUAUGCCUCUUAAGAUAUGUUAUCCUGCCUUGGAGUCUGAAGAAUGGCGCAUAACAACUGGCAGUGACCCAAAAAACACGCCUUGGUCAUAUCACAAUGGUGGAUCUUGGCCAACAUUGCUUUGGCAGUUCACGCUGGCAUGCAUCAAGAUGGGGAGGGUAAAACUGGCUCAGAAAGCGGUUGCUUUGGCUGAAAAAAGACUGCCACGAGAUUCUUGGCCUGAAUAUUAUGACACCCGUACUGGAAAAUUUAUCGGAAAACAAGCACGGCUUUAUCAAACAUGGACAAUAGCUGGGUUCCUUUCAUCCAAAGUGCUCUUGAGGAAUCCUGAAAUGGCAUGCUUACUAUUCUGGGAGGAGGACUACGAAAUUCUUGAGCUAUGUGCUUGUGCACUUAACAAGAGUGGCAGAAAAAAAUGCUCCCGUGUUGCUGCCAAGUCUCAGAUUAUGGUGUGAUUAGGCUUUGCAUUUUUUAACUGUGAAGGAAGAAUGCCUCGUGUACACUAACAAAGUCAAGGGUAUACCAAUAGUUUAUACGACACAGUGCAAAUUGAAUUUUGAAAUUAGCCAUUUAUUAUACCUUGCUGUAAUUGCGUUUAUGAAAGUUUUCUUUUUAGUAGGUGAGGGGUUUUUCCUUAUUUGUAUGUAAAUUAACUCAUGUUUAUAUAAGUUAUUCUCAUUGUUUACCUCGAUAGUUUUAA